AUGGCGUCUCUCUUGAAGGAAUUGCCCUCCAUGACCACAAUCCUCUCUGUAUAUGCAUCCAUAUCCGGGUUAUCCAUGCUUAUCCGCACCAUCUUGAAUGAAAUGAUUCCGAGGGGUAUGCGUGAGUACAUAGCUACGAAGUUCUCAGAUUUCUUUGCCGCCUAUUUCUCCUCAGACUUCACCUUCAUCAUUGAAGACCGAUGGCAAGCUGUGGAGAAUGAAACCUUUCGAGCUGUUGAGGUCUAUCUUCCUACCAAAGUUGGGCCUUCCACUAGAACUAAAAGUCUUCUUUUAGGCACCAAUGACACUAACAACAUCACUGCCCCACCUAAACCAGGGAUUCCUAUUGAUGCUAAAGUUGUUGAUUUUUUCCAAGGUAUGCAUUUUGAAUGGAGUCUGUGCGAGAAAGAAGCAAAGAAGUAUUACCAUCGCCAUAAAAGAUACUUCCAGUUGAAAUGCAAAAAGAACUACAGAGAACAGGUGAUGCAAAGCUACUUGCCACACAUUAGCAAUACCGCAGCUUCAAUCUUGAACAAGAGGGAGACUCUCAAUAUCUAUACUUAUGAUAUCGAAGAUUCGAUGUGGGAGUCUACUGUGUUCAAGCAUCCAGCAACUUUUGAGACUCUAGCAAUGGACCCUGACCUUAAGAAGUUCAUCAUAGAAGAUCUUGACUUGUUUGUGCAAAGAAAGGGCUACUUUCAGCGUGUUGGUAGAGCAUGGAAAAGAGGUUACCUUCUGUAUGGUCCACCAGGGACUGGAAAAUCUACUCUCGUUGCUGCCAUUGCAAACUAUCUAAGCUUCAACGUCUAUGACCUCCAGCUUCAAGGUGUAAGAAAUGACGCUCAACUCAGGAGGAUACUAACCUCCACAACCAAUCGUUCAAUUCUUCUUAUUGAGGACAUUGAUUGCAGUACGAAAUCUUCACGUUCUCGCAACCAAAAUAAGAAUCCAAAGGAAGAUCGCAAGGAGGAGGAGGAAGAGGAGGAGGAUCAGCUUGAAAAUAAGAUUUCUUUUGAUCCUGGGGUCACCUUAUCUGGUUUAUUGAACUUCAUUGAUGGACUAUGGUCAAGCUGUGGGGAUGAAAGAAUAAUCAUCUUCACCACAAAUUACAAAGAGAAGUUGGACCCAGCAUUGUUGCGGCCAGGACGGAUGGAUGUUCAUAUUUACAUGGGCCAUUGUACUCCUGCAGCAUUCAAGAAGCUUGCCUUUACAUAUCUUGGAAUUAAAGACCAUGUCCUUUUUAAAUGCAUUGAAGAACUGAUUCAGAGUACAGUUACUACCCCAGCAGAAGUUGCACAACAGCUUAUGAAGUGUGACAAGCCUCAAGUUGCACUUCAAAAUCUAAUUGAGUUUAUAAGUUCGAAGGAGACUGAAAUGGUAGGAAAAGAUGGGGCUAAAAAGCACGAGGAAGAGGUUAUAAAAGAAGAAGUUAUCAAGUGUAGAAUUGAAGAUAUGAAACAGGAUGUGAGGCAAUCCAAGAUUCUAACAACAUCUGUUUACCUGACCUAG